UCUCGGUAAGUAACGAGUUUCUGUUCUCUUCCUGGGUUUCUACUCCGCCAAGGCGCGUCGUGAUGCCUGCCAUCUCUGCUUGCACUCCAGCCAGGUCAGAUUUCCAUACUUCCCGCAGAUCCAGCAACAGCCUUUUAAUGUCGCCCUUUGUGGAGGGUGAGUCAUCCUAGUCUUCUGGCCGGUACACUGCGGUGGUGGAGGGUGUAGUCGGGUGGUUCUCGUCCUCCAUAGAUGUGUCUGAUUCACUGGCGCUUUGAGGCCUACCAGGCGCCAUUUCAGGCUGUGGUGGCUGUUGUGGCCUUUCGAAGGAUCGCCUGAUAUCGGGCAGGUAGGAGCCCUCUGGGUGGGUAAGUCUUUUGUUUUUUCGCGCCAUCACAGAGGGGUUUCAGCGCUGGUCAUAGCUUAGUUUUGCGGUCUCAGUGCUGUGAUUUUGUGGCAAUUUAGUAUGUUUUUAAAUAUUGUGAGCAGGAGCUCCACAUAAACAGGUCUUGUUAGCUGCUCGGCUAGCCACGCCCCCCGAAUAAGGGAGUUUUAAAUCUCCCUUCUGUCCCUACUCGCUUUACUGCGAGUAGGGGUAUGUAUACUAAACAGUGAUCAACCUGUGGCUAUUCAUUGUUGGAAAGAAAGAAAGCCAAAAGUAACAAGAGGUGGGAGACCUAUUGUUCCUCCUGGCCCCACCCAUGAGUGGCAGGUGGGGGCCCUAAGUAACAAAAGAGGGGGGGACCUAUUGUCUCCCCCCGAUCCCCAACCAUGAGCUUACCAAUAAGAGUGUUCUGGUAGAUACAUUUUGAGCCUUGCCUGAUUGGUUACUUGCAAGGCACAAAAUUUACCUAUCAGAACACUCUUCUUGACUUUAUAAGCCUUUUCCCGCCCUGCGGAGCUCAGUCUGUGCAAUGCCCUCGCUGGGUGAAAAUUGAUUAUAUUUUUUAGUGACUUUUUUUUUUUUUUUUUUUUUUUUUUUUUUUUUGGGGGGGGUUUUUUUUUUUUUUUUUUUUACAUUUUUUUCGACGGGAAUUAUGGAUUUUAUUUGGCCUUUUUUGGGGUUAAAAAAGAAGGUUUAAGAAAAAAGAAGACAUCUAACGGUAAGUAUGAUUUUUUUUAUUUACAUGUAUUUAGUCCCCCCCCCCCGGCCUCCCCUUACUAUUUUCAGGGUGAGGUGAGGUAGGGUUUAAUGUUAUUGGGGAGGGGGUGACUAGGGGCUUGAGGACCUCUAGUCACCUGUGGGGGGCGUAGUGUUUACAUUUAGUCCCCACCCAUCGCCAAUGAGUGGGGGGUGGAAGGGACACAAUAGGUGCAUGGUAGGGCUGGGGGAGGACACUAUUUAUUAUUAUUUUAAAGGAACAUUAUAGCAUUAGGAAAACAAACGUCUUCAUAAUGUUAUGGUGUCUUACUAUCUAUGUAGAUAUCAGGGUUUCCCUCUGUGAGAAGUAAAAAAAGAAAUUUAACUUAUCUGUCAGCCCUGACUGCACUAGCCUCUUUGAUGCUCCCUAUACUUUCUUUCUCAAGAUUGAUCAUCUCAGCCAAUCCAACUCUUGAUUGAGCUUCCUCACAGGGAAAGUGCCUCUAGUGUUUAUCAAGACCACACUAGUGGUAUGAUAGACCCUACAAUAAAAUCAUUGUAUUUUGCAUUACAUGGUUAAAAACAGCAAGGCCAUUGCACACAGACCCCACGACAUUGAGAUGAAGUGUCCUUCACCUAGCUCAGGGGUUCAAAACCCAGUCCUCAGGACCCCCUACCAGUCCAGGAUUUGGGGAUUACCUGGGUGUGUCUCAGGUGUUUAGAAAAAGGGGAAAAAAACACCUUAGACUCUAAGGUGUUUUUUUUUUCUUUUUCUAUACACCUUAGACACACCCAGGUAAUCCCUAAACCCUGGACUGGUAAGGGGUCCUGUGGACUAACGUUGAGAACCCCUGAUCUAGCUAUUUGAAGCUAGUUAAGGGUUGGAAAAAAGCUCAAUUUUUGUAUAUUUAAACCUCAAUAAAAAUGAGGGUACAUUUCUGGUAGAGUUAUUAGUAAUAUCUCACUUAUUGCUAUGUGCCAAUAAGUAUGUGUCAUACUGAGCAUAUGUGCACAUACCUUUACAAACCUUAUUGCUUGCUUUAUGGUUUUCACAAUUAAACAUUUUGCUGAGGUGUUUCAUUUCAAGCCAACCUGCAGUCCGCAUGAUCCUAUUUUAGUAGCUACUGCACGUCCGAUCUUGUACAGUGGCUUCAGAAUAGAAAGCUUGCUGCAGCAGAUCAAUUAGAUUUGCAAUUCUCAAAGUGAAGCUUGGUCAAUUUUCUUCUGCCAAUAUUAACCCCAACAUCAAUACUACUUUUCUAACUUGCACUUUUAUGAAGGCUACAGAAAGAAAUUUGCUCAUGUCAUUUUCCCAUAAAAAUGGUUGUUUAUGUUUCACUCCUAACUCCAGCAGGCUUUCUGCUGAUUGUUCAGGAAAAGGUUGUUAAACCUCUAUAUUAUAAAAGGCUACAAAAUGCUUGCAGAGAGUUAUGGGAGUGGUUAGUGUAACAACAUCUGGAAGACUGCAGUUAUGAACAAGCAAUCUGGAUUCAUUUGAACAUGUUCACUUCUAAAUUUACCAAUAGCCCUGAGGGUUGGUGCAGCCAAUUCAAAUAUUUUGAUCAGUUAACGUUGUGAUUGUCUUUAAUUGAUAACUUACUUGCAAAGUGUAUUAUUUCCAAAUCGAAUAUUAACCCUUUGGUUUAACAUACAUUUAGUGGCAAGAGAUAGUUUAUACCUCUGAUAUACAAACUAACCUUUUUCUUAUUUCCCAUUUUCUAAAAUCCACGAUGCCACCAUUUUUUUAAAUCUAAUUUAAUAACCAUGUCAUAUGAUAAAAGACACUACUGCUACAAUAAUCUAAAAAUGUGAAAUAAAAAUAAUAAUGUAACAGAUAGCAUGCAGUGAGACAUAUAACAGAAGGCAUGGACUUUAUAAAAUGGCUCUUCUUUCCUUUUCUCCUCAAGUUUUUUGUCAGUAUAUUAUUCCGAAACAUUUUUAAGCUGCCUCUGUGCAAGUUAUGCAUCUGACACAGCACACACAGCCAAUGGUGGCAUGGCUUCCGCCUCUGUGCAAUGUUUUCCCCUCAUUCUGCCCUCCCUGAUCUUCAUUCCCCUCCCACACAUGAUGUCAGUGGAGGAAGAUCAGGCUCCAGUGAGAAAUUGAGCCCAACACUGGAACAGUGGUACAUUUUAGCUAAUGUUUUUCUGAGGGUUAAAACCUUCUAAAUGCCUGGGAUUUAUUGAAAAGACAAUCUAAACACCAAAACCACUUUAUCUCAAUUAAGUAGAUUUGGUGCAUAGACCAUGACCCUUGAUUAUGUAAAGGUUCCCAAUGCGUCUCUACGAGAAGCACUGUAAAGGACCAAGAACAUUAAUUUUAUUGAUCUCAGUUAAUAUUGUCAUUUGUAUAGCACCAACGUAAUCCACAGUUAUGCAGUAGUUUGCAUAAAUGAACACAAUUGUAAAGCCAGCCACUGUUUGAACAUGUCAAAGAGAGGCUAUUUGUAUGGUGUGUUACAAUGCACAUCAAACAAAUCCCAACUCUUUUGCUAACCUUCAUCAAAGAUUUCUACUGGGGAGGCUGGGAAAACAUAUUUAAUGGAAGUAUAAUAAAUCUUGGAUGGGGCUGAUGGUAAUGUAAUAGAAGCUGUGUCACUGCCUGAAUAAUUUUAUGAUCCAGGUUAGUGCAUUUCUUUAAAGGGAUACCAUGGGGUCAGGAACACAAACAUGUAUUCCUGAGCUUACAGUAUUAAAACCACCAUCCCUCCCUCUGCCUGCCCCCUUUUCUCCCCUAAAUAUAGUAACAUUUUACUUUUAAUUCAGUCUUUAAAAAAAAGUAUUUAUUUGAGCCAAUCACAAUGCUUUCCCAUAUGAUUGGCUAAGACUGUCAAGGAGGCAGAUCAGGGGCAGAGCCAGCACAAGCCAAACACAGCCCAGGGGAAUCAGCAUCUCCUCAUGAAGAUGCAUUGAAUCAAUACAUCUCUAUGAUGUGUCUCCAUACAGAAGUUAGAGGUACUGAAUGUCAGUGCUGCCUCAGGAAGCAACUCCAGUAGCCAUAUGAGGAGUGGCCAUUUUGCUAGGGCCAAAACCCUUAAACUAUAAUACAAAUCUUACCAAACAGUGUUUCAAUCUAUAAAAGAUGGAAUUGGCUGGGACAGCAGUCCUAUUCUGCAUUUUGUUAAAUAUGACAUGAAUGCAUGUUUAAUCAGAGGAUCUUACAUUAACAUGAUGGACUACGUUAUUGAAAAUGUUUAUAAUCCAAAUUUGAACCAGCAGACAUGUAGACAAACUGCUGAAAAAUGUGAUGUAGUCAAUGUGUAUAGUAAAUGACUAAAGUUUGUCUAUUAGAUUAAUUAAAAUUAUAUAAUGAUUCAGUAAAGACUACAAAUAUUGCUUUACACACAUGUAUUAGCCAUUAGAUUAUAAGUUCGUCUGAGAAGGGUUCUCAUCAACCUAUUGUUACUGUAUCAUUUUGUAAUUGUCCCUCUUAUUGUUUAAUGUCUCCUUUCAUAAUAUUGUAAAGCAUUGCAGAAUAAGUUGGCACUAUAUAAAUACCAAUAAUAAUAAUUAGAUUAGAAUUUAAUACGUUAAUCACUUGCUGCACUUGAGGAAGAUUGUUCUGUAGACAAGAAGAUAUGUACCAGCACAACCAAAAUCUUUUUACCAUCUCUGAGCAAAUUUCCCUCAAGAGAUGUAGGAACUUGUUUGAUUGUUAAAUAACAGCUAAGAUCUUCCUCUAAACCAGCAUUUCCUAAUUAGUGUUCCACGGAACAAAAUUGGGGUUCCACAGAGAUUUGCCCAUCGGGUUGCUCAAGCAUUAACGGCCACCCGGCGGGUAUCGCUAAACAAGGGUCUGGUCAGGUGCCACGGUCAUCUAAAACCGCAACCAGACCUCUGUGGUAUUGGAUGCUGGGAGGAAGUGACAACACUUCCUCCCAGACAGAGGGUGCCGACUGAAGGGGGAGAGGGAGCAGCGGGGAUUGAGCAGCACACCAACCUCAGGAGCACUGAAGAUCCUCCUGCAGAAAAAAGGUAAGUAAACAGCAGAUUUAAAUGUUGUGUGUGUGUAUGUGUAUGUGUCUGUGUCAGUGUGUGUAUCUCCCAAUCUGUGUGAAUCUGUGUGUGUGCCAGUUUGUGUAUUUGUGUGUCAAGGUGUGUGUAUGUGCCAGUGUGUGUAUGUGUUUGUGUCUGUGUCAGUGUGUGUAUCUCCCAAUCUGUGUGAAUCUGUGUGUGUGUCAGUUUGUGUAUCUGUGUGUCAAGGUGUGUGUAUGUGCCAGUGUGUGUACUGGUGUGUAUAUCUGUGUAUCUGUGUUUGAAUGUGCCGGUGUGUGUCAAGGUCUGUGUAUCUGUGUUUGUAUGUAUCAGUGACAUACACACACACACACAUAUAUACACUGACACGUAGAUACACACUUUGACACACACUGGCACAUACAAACACAGAUACACACACUGACACAUAGAUACACACACCUUGACACACACUGACACAUAGAUACACACACCUUGACACACAAAUACAUACACACACACACACACUUUGUGUCAAGGUGUGUGUAUCUGUGUGUCAAGGUGUGUAUCUGUGUGCUACUAUGUGCCAGUUUGUGUAUCUGUGUGUCAGAUACAUACGCGAACACAGAUACACACUGAUACACAUGCACACACUGGCACAUACAACACAGAUACACACACAUUGACACACAACAGCACAUACAGACACAGAUAUACACACUUUGAUACAUAGAAACCCACACCUUGACACACAGAUACAUACACACACACACGCAGCGGAGUACAUACCGGAGUCGCAGGGGUUGCGGCUGCGACCGGGCCCGGCCCCCCAGGGGGCACGGCCACCCUGCGACACGGUAUGUAUGCCACUGUGGCCAGCUUUUUCUCCUGGGGGGACCAGGAGCUGGCCACCUCAGGGCCCCCCAAGGCUGGCCCUGGUGUCACCCGGUGGGCAGGCUGCCGGGCGUACGAGGGAACACACUCCCCUGAGUGCUCCCUCUUCAGCUCCCUCGCGCACCGCACUGAUGCCGGAGCCGGCAUCAGUAUGCGGCACGCAAGGGAGCUGAACAGGAAGCACUCAGGGGAGAGUGCUCCCUCGCGCGCCCGCCAGCCUGCCCGCCGGGUGACACCACUGGAUCCCAGGGAAUCCCCUCAGCUCUCCCAAAGGUAGGGAGGCUGGGGGAUUACAUUUAAAAAAAAAAGUGUGUGUGUGUUAGUGUGUGUGUGUGUGUUAGUGUGUGUGUGAGUGUGUUAGAGUUAGAGUGCUGCCUAGGGCAGCACAAAACCAGGAUAUACCACUGUGUGUAUCUGUGUGUCAUAUUCAUACACAGUGACACACAGAUACACACACAGCACAUAAAAACACAGAUACACACACACAGAUAUACACUGUGUGACAAGGUUUGCGUAUCUGUGUUGCCACUAUGUGCCAGUGUGUGUGUAUCUGUGUGUCAGAUACAUACACACACACACACACACACACACACAGAUAACACACCUUGACACACAGACACACACCGGCACAUACAAAAAAAAGGUUUAUGCAACGGCCCAAGAUGAAAACAUUUAAGCACACUCUUUAAUUGGAUAUCAUCGAUAACCUCAAUAAAUUUUAUAUUUCGUAGAAAAUUCUAAAUGAGUUUAAUGCCCUGCAGGUGUAAGAAAAUAGCACAUAUAUCGGUUAAGGACCUUUGAAAACUGAAGUUAAGCAGAGCUGCUCUUCAUUAACACUUGUCCUUGAAUGGCAUGACAUAAUAUCAGACAUGACAGCAAGGCAUCAAAAUACUCAGCUUGAAACAUACUUAUGAGAAGUUUGUCACUUACUGUGAAUCCAUAUAUAACUUACAAAUCCUGUCCUGCUAUAGUUCAAAGACUUUGCUGAAGCCAGACCAGAGAAAAAAAACUUUUUUAGAGAACUGCUAGACCCCAAAUUAGAUCAUUUUUUGAGUGUUUGAGUCCUUAGAUUUUAAUAAUUGCUCUCCUAAAAAUAAGAAACCCUCCAACAUCAUAUCCUAACAUUUAAAUAAUUUCACUGUUAAAUGUUGACUAUAAAUUAAAUGCAAAAAUCUCUGCUGAUGGAAUUUCAGUCUUCUCUCACAUUGACUACAUUGCAGUUAGGUAGAAUUCAUAAAUUUAACAAGCCUUAUAUUCCACCAGAUUAACAGAAAGUAUAGACACUAAAUGUCAGUGCUGUACACGGAGCAGCAAUGCCCCGGGAAGUACCUCUAGCAGCCAUCUGAGGUGUGGCCAGUGGAUGUAUCCCUUGGCUCUAAUGUAAACACUGCCUUUUCUCUGAAAAGACAGCGUUUACUGCAAAAAGAUGGAAGGCAAUGAUUAUACUCUGGAAUAAAAGGGAAUUAUGACAUGUCACACAUGUCAUGUGUCCUUAAGGGGUUAAUAACACUAUGCCAAAACAAGAUCUUGAAGUCCCUUGGCAUGCCAGUCCUAUUUUUUUUUUUAAUUGAGGUAUGUAUGUUGUCAUAUUGUUCUUGUGUUAUUUAUGGUGCUGCAGUUGCUUUGUAAUGAUGUAUUUGUGUGUAUGUGGGCUGUUAUAUUGUAUAUGUUCAUGAGUAGUUUAUGUACUGUGUAUGAUACCUAUUAAUGUGGGUUGUAUAUAGGGGCUGCUUGUGGAAUUGUGUGUGAUAAGCUUCUUGUGGGGUUGUGUGCACACAUGUGGAUUAUCGGUUGUGUUUGUGGGAACUGUGUGUGUGUGUUUGUGUAUGGACUGUUGGUAGUAUUUUUAUGAGGAAGAGGCAUCUUCUGCAUCUCUGUGUAUAUCUUACAGUGUGUGUGGCUAUCCUGGGGUCCAAUGGGCACUGGGCUGGCCAAGUACAAGUCAAUGGCAGGAGCUGCGACAGCUACUGCAGACUGCUUUACUCUUGUGCAGAUUCCCAUUAAAGUGUUGAGAUAAAGUGAUCUCAGAUUACUUCCUCUAAGUGCUGCAAUAUGUAAAUUGAGGAUUACCCCUCACCACCUGCAGUCACUGCUCGGGUUGCACUAGCAUAUAUCUGAAGUCCCAGUUGGACUCCUAAUAGGCAAGAGUCUGCUUGUGUGUUUGAAUGUAAGCAGGUUUUUAUAUGGAAUAUGUGUGUGACUGUAGGGUGUAUUUGUCUGUAAUGUAGUGUGUUUUUAUGUACUGUUGUAAUUUGAAAGCAGUGGUUGUGGUGUAGCAUUUCCCUUAAAAUAUAAAGGGUUGUGUCUGUAUGUAGAGUUGACAUUUGAAUGUAGGGGUGUAUUUGUGUGUAGUGUAUAGACACACAAAUACAUACACACAUGCAUAUACUCAUACACACAUGAGAUACACAGACACACAAAAUGAUACCCAGAUACCCAGAAUGACACACAUUCAGAUACACAUAAUGACACUAAUACAGACAGAUACACAGACACAAAUACAAACACACAGACAGGUACAAAGGCACACAGAUAAACAGAUAUACAGACAGCUAUAUACACAUACAGACACACAAAUAGAUACACAGACAUACAGAUACACACAAACAGACACACAUGCAAAAUGUAAAAACAUUUUAUCCACAUUUUGCGUGCAGGCAGGUCGCUUCCCUGGGGCCAAUUGGCUAGCUAAAGCUAUUGGGAGUCAGACCCUCUCUAAAAUUGCACCCCCUCUUCUCUGUUUUCUAUUCCUGUGUGGCUCUGUGAUAGCUGAGAGGAAGUGACAGACUCUCACUUCCUCCAGCGCUGCCAUUACAUUAUUACAGGCGCUCUGGAAUGCUGUUAAGAUGCACAUGUGCAAGGCCACCGUAUGGGCCCCCUUAGCAUUUGUGCCCCAGUGCAGCCACACUGUAGUGUAGUGUGUUUUUAUGUAGUGUAAUUUGAAAGCAGUGGUAUACUUCUGUGCACUGGCAGUAGUUCUGCCACUGACUUCACGGAUUGCAGGGAUGUUUUCCCAAAGGGAAAUGCGCACAUACGCAGCAAAAUUCCAUUCUGCGCUAACCAAAUAGUCUUUACGAGUCCUUCUGGAUGCUUAGUCGAGUUUAAUUUGGUUAUUGGGGUGGAAGCACCUCUAGUGGCAUGUUAACUCUGCAAUGUAAACAUUGCCAUAUCUACUAAACCCCAGUAAUUUUAGUUGCAGGGUUAAAAAGACAGGGGUAUAGCACCUGAGAUGAAGUGGGCUGGGUGCCUAUAGAGUCCCUUUAAUGAAGAAAUAAUCAUGUUGCUUAAAUACAAGUAAGAGAGUUUAAUAUUCAUUAUUGUAAGCUUUUGAGCUGCUGAUGUAAAGCAAAGUUAUAGUCAUCUAUCUCAAGGAGCAGAGGUAUUCAAAUUAGGCUGAAGAAAACACUUGCUGAUCUGCAAAUUUUAUUGAUCUUAUGACCUGCUAAUAUAAUACUUGCUAGCAGUUUAGAUAGGGAUGUACAAAUUAAAACAAUGCAUAGUAAGCAGACACUAAAUGUUAGAUGUCGAGAUAGACACACUGGUAUUUUCUCCCCUCUUGAUGAGAGUUAACAGAAUAAUUUAGCACCCUGACCCUUAGAUUUAAAAAGAUGUUUGCAACAAUUGUACGAUACAAGAAGUAAAUUUGGAAAUGUACAGCAGUUUACUUAAACUGAAAUGUAAUGUGUUUGUGAAUGUGUAAACAGAGAUCACACGUUUAACUAUACAAACAUUUCAUGGUAAAGGAGAUAAAAUCGAUUUUUUUCAUUACAUUGAAAAAUUAUGCUAAAAUGUAAUGUAAACAACUAGUAUAGAAUGAUAAUAAUAUUUAUUGGGAAGUUAUGACCCUAUGAAUUGGAAAAAAGCACAUUGAUAUCUUAUAUCAUAUAAGCUCAACUGAAGGAGUUGCUUGAUUGGCAAAUGGCAAGGUACAGAAGGUAAUAUGAUACAGAUUUAUUAUACGUUAUAUGCGCUGUGGUUUCUUUGACCUUAAAUGAACACUUUAGUGUUAGGAAUACAAACAAUGUAUUCUAAACACUAAUGUGUUCCUCAACCCAGUGGCCUCCCUAGCCACUAGAGGCAGUUUUGGUUUCUCUAAAACUAAGGGGGAGAGUGACAGUGCACCUGAGAUGAAGUGGACUGGGUGCCUAUAGCGUCCCUUUAAAUUUGACUAUUUUGACCUUAAAUUUGAAACUCACUUUGUAUUCCUGACAAUUCUCACUUUAGUAAGUUGCCCUGUAGAUCUCUCACUGUAUAACACUUUGUGAUGGGAAAAGAGAGAAAAUGUAUAGGCAAGAAUUAUCAUGUUUGUACAACAUUUUCCCUGGAGAAUGGGUAUAAUAAGAAGUUAAAGAAAUUAUGUUGACAACAACUCUUGGGACAUUUUAAAAAAAAAUGCAUAAUUUGCUUGACAUUUAAAUGAUAAAAGUAGAAGCAGCAAAUAUGUGCGGGUGCGAGAUUUAAAUUCCAAUUUGUAAAUAAUUAUUAUAGUUGAAUUUAAUCGCUACAUUUUAAAAAAUCUUGAACUUCUUAAGGCAUUUAGAUGGAUUGCAGUUCUAAAAGUAUGCUAUCUAAAUACUUUUAGCCAUGUGUAAACAAAAUGCAAUUUGACUCUAUAAAACAAAGACUCAUGGACAUGUAUGUGGAACACAGGUUUAACCUAGAAGAUACUAAUUUAAUCAAAACUUUUUACAUUUGUGCAAUUUGAAUUGCAUUGCUAACGGAAUGAAUCAAUUGGAUAUAUCUUUAAAACGGUUUGCUAAUUCAGUAUCUUAAAAUCAUCUUUGCCUCCAUCUGUAGAUCUUCUCACAAUAUAAGUUCUGCUAUAGAUCAGUGAAAUACUAUUGAAAGUCUCUAGACUAUUAAUUAUUUUCUAAAAUAAUUGCUAAUAGUGAAGAGUUCAAGAAAAAAACGGCAUUAUAAUAUAUUAGUAGCUUCAUACUCAUUAAAUAAUCUGGACUAGUAUUCAGCAUUUCUGUUCCCUGUAUAUUAUCUUUUUCAGUUCCCCUAGCAGUGUGGGUGUUAUGGAAUAGAGAUGAGGCAUCAGGUAUUGCUCAAAUUAUUUGUGUCUCUUAAUUGCUUCAACAAUGCAGUCCACAUGAUACACACACUGUUCUCGUAAAACUGCCAUCCCACCCUCUCCCUUUCUUUCCCAAUGAUUCCUUACACCUUUACAUCAUUAGAAUCUCAUUUAAUGUUCAUUAUAAUCAUGUUAAUCAUGUUGAACUAAUGUGCUGCUAAAGCAGCACUGUCUUCAGAUUUGUUAAUGUUUUUUCCAUUAUUUAAAAAUGUUACAAUAAAAUGCCGGAGAGCACCUGGCCCAGAGUUCAUAUUAAACAGACUGAGAUAUUGAACAUCUACAGAAGGUGGGUUGAUAGAAUUACAGGAGUGGAACAUGCUUUAAUCUAGGAGUGGUGCUGCAAGAAUGACUUCAUAAAAUGGAUUUCUGGCCCAUCUUAUUAAGUAAAUUUGUAUAAUCAACACACACAUUUCUCCUGCUGAAAUAUGUUUGAUUUCUGUAUUUCCAAGAUUUGUAAAUCUGUGUCUUAAUCUGCAUCCUGAAAUUCUAUAACUGUUGUCUGCAUGGGCCCAACGAGACUGAAAUUCUCUUACCUAAUAAAGGAAAAAACUGCAUCUUAACAUGACAGUGACUUGAUACUGAAGCUGACAGUUGAAAAUAAUACAAAAUAAGCAUGGCUGGAUUAAGAACCCAUUGAGAUUGGUGCUGACAAUUAUAAUGGGACUAAUUACAGAAUUUAUCAACACAAAAAACUAAAACAGUUAUACCUCCCAAGUGUCUUGUGUCUGGUAGAGGUGGAGCUGGAGAGAAAUUCACAGGAUGCAUUUAUAAUAAUAUGCGAGCUCUUACUAAUGCCUUGCUUUUAUCUCUCAACCAACCAAAGACAUCAGCAUCCUGUAAAGUACGGUAAAAUAAAGGGGGGCUUGUGAUACAAAUAAAGUCACUGGGACUGCCCAGAGUUGCGGACCCACAUUCAAAAUGGGUGAUUAUGCCCAAACAAUUGUAUAGUCAACCUGGCGUGAAUGCAUGCCAUGCUAGCUGGCAAUCAUGCAGACCAGUCAACUAAGGGUGAUCUAUGCAGUCAGUGCUGCACAUUAGCGAACACAUCUAAUGAUGCACUUGCUCUACACUAUCUGGCCUGCUCUCACUAUUCCACUCCUUUCCUUCUUACUAGCAGGCAGAAGCUCCUAGAAAUAGCAAACAGGAUACCGGAAAAUUUUCAAGUGGGCCGUGGCACUUGGGGCCGGGAAGUCUGCCCCAAUGCCAUUUAAAUUAUGUUUCUUAGACUGUAACAGUCUGAGGGAAUUAAGGAGAAAGGUGAGGUACAUCGGCAAAGUUAGCAGUUGACUAGAGAAGUGAGAUAGCACUGUAAGUCUCCCUUCACAUUAACCUGCAGCUUUUCUGACCCUCUUCUGUUUCAUCCCCGCAAUCAAGCUCCAACCUUCCCCCGCCUCAACAAGCUGACCUUGCAGGCAGGAAAAGAUUCGACAAUGGCAAUAUCACCUCCCAGUGCUCCCAUGCUUCAAAUUUCCAGCAGCUCAUGACUGAGAGUGACUUUGUGUGUGUAUGUGCCUACUAGUGAGUUUGGUUGUAGUCAACAUGUGUUAUGUGUGUCCAUGAUCUGUAGUGGGCCUGUGUGUGUCAGUGUGUGUCAGUGAGCUUCUCUGUAGUGAGCAUGUUUAAUUUUAGUUUAUAACAUUUAAAAUAUGGCUAUGUCAGACGAUUGCUACCUCAGAUGAUUAAGUAAUUUAUAAACAUAGAUUAUAUAUAUAUAUAUAUAUAUAUAUAUAUAUAUAUAUAAUUAUAUAUAUACAUAUACACACUAUGUGGCACAAUCACUUAUGGGGCUGGCAUACAUUAUUUUUUCCAGGCUUGCUAUGUAUUCCCAGUCUGGCCCUGACUUCCCCUAUGCAGUCUGGGACAGAGCAAAGGUAGAUGUAGUGAGUGUAGAAGAAAGGAAACAUGCCACACUGUUAGAGAGACCCAAGCGGCAAGAGCAUUUGCACAGUGCGCAAACUCAUUUUUUUAUAGUCAGGCAGUCCACACAUGCUUGUUCCGCUGCAUCCUCCUAAGUUUCCAAACAUAAUUCACAAAGCAAGAGCAUGUGAGGAGAAGUAAAAAACAAACAAACAAUAUAGAAUUAUUUUUAAUAAAUGGGCCUAUUCCAUGGGCAUGGAGCUUCAGUUACAUUAGCCCCUAUUUUAAUUUGCCUUAAAGGGGAAGGAUGUGGUUCAGUUGGUGCAACAAGAAAAAAAAUUACUUUCUAUUUCACUAGACUCAAACAUUAAAAAAUCCAUUAGUGCCACUCACCCCUAUUACCACAAGAAAGCUGCCACAACCUAAGAUAUUUAAAAAUGAGGAGUCCUAGUUUACCUCAGCAAAAUUAAAGAGGCACUAUGAACCCCUAAAGCAUUUUAAUUUGCUUAAAAAAGUGCAUUAUUAAAUCCAUGCAAGUUUUCAUUUGGGGUAUUGCUACUAAACAGUGAUUAUUUUGUAUUUGAGCAAUGGAGUGUCCCUUUAAACCCUGAAAUUUAGCAUUUAUCUAUAGAACACAAUGAUGUUUGAUUUGUCUCUUCAGUAUACUAGACAAAGACAGACUUUAAUAAGAAAUUUUAUUAUGAACAAAAAUAGUCACAAUGUAUGCAAUUAAAAAAAUAUAUAUAUCGGGGGGCGGAGUUAGCGGCCAAAAAGAGCAGAUGUGCUGCAAGAGCGCUCCGCUACGACAAGCCUGUAAAAGCUAUUAAGCAAACCUAAAAUCGCCCGUUUUGCAGCAAAUACGUAUUGCCAGUAUGGGGACGAAGUCCAGAUGCCAGGGACCCAUCAAACCAGUGGGAUCCCAGGACAUUGGCGAUCUCCUACUCCGGCCUUCCAGAGCCUCGGUCACGGCCGCACCUAAAGAAAAUGGCGACUUGUUUUCAGCCUCCUUUGAAGAACGGGCUAUGGACGAGCUGGACAAGAUUCCAGCCGCAGGGGGGCUCCAUUACACAUCCUCCGAUGAAGACAAUGAAUUGCCAGCUACCAAGGGCGACAAUAAUGCGCUCCUUCGCAACAUCCGAGGGCUAUUUGCGGCAGACUUCGCCAUAGUGCAAGAAGACAUACACAAAAUGGAGGGACGUGUUACUGCAGUCGAAAUAGACGCACAGGGACUCUCCUCCAGAUGCCAAACAAUGGAGACCCUGACAGCAGAGCUCCAAAAAGCCCAAGCACAAUUUAUCACUCGAAUGGACAAUAUGGAAGACAGGCACAGGAGCAGAAAUAUUAAGAUCAGGGGCAUCCCUGAGUCAAUCACGUCCGGGGAGCUGCCCCACUAUGCCAGGAGGCUGCUGAGCACCAUAUAAACCCCAGGCAGAACGAACAAGUCCUGGUGGAUGGGAUAUUCUGCAUACCUAAAGCUACGAAGGCACCGGCGGACUCCCCAAGGGACGUUAUCGUCCAGUUCCAGACAAGAUCAGCGCAACUACAAAUAAUGGCGGAAGUGAGGGGACAGCCCGCUUAUUCCUUCGAAAAUAUUCACCUCGUAUUCUUUCAGGAUCUAUCCAGACCUACGCUGUUAUGGAGAAGCCAGUUUAAACCUCUGACCUCGACACUAUGCACCCACUCAAUCCCAUACCGUUGGGGCUUCCCCAGGUGCCUGGUCAUAUCGCAAGGAGAGAAGAGCUUACGACUUACCACAGCCGCAGAAUCGGAUGCAGCGCUCCAGGCAUUGGGCCUAAAGAGCCUUCUGGAACAGGGGUGGAGAGCACCACAUAAUUGGGACAUAGAUAAGUUCAUACCGUUACAAUCAUCUGGAAAUCACAAAAUGGACCAGGCCUCCUCCGGUGCAAAUUCAACCUCCAGUAACCCAGUGAGGAAGGAACAGCACAGGCCAGGUACCUGAGGAACUGAACUCAUUCAACCUUAUUCAAAAGCCUGCCCCUCCCUGCCCUCCCUAGCCGGGAACAAUGUGUUAAGUUUGAGGUUCCAAAGUUCAGCGCUCGGCAACAAGGUACCUCCACCUACAACUAGCCCCCAGAAACCAAGGGUGAACACUGGGGGAGAGCCCUGACACACCUGGAAACAACUACACCUGCUCAUAUAUGAGCACUUACCGAGGCGAAAGCCAAAGCAAAAUACGAAUCCUUGUGUCGCUGGUACCGAUCCCAUGACGCUUGCAGUGUUAGCCUAGUGACUGUUUCCGAUGGUCUUCAAGGACACUCAUUAGUAUGAAAAAUUGAAGGACUUGUUCCUUAAUAGUACCUUACACCUCCUAAACCGCAAAAUGUUACAUUUUACUGUAGAUAUUUGAUCGCCUCACUUUGCAAAUAUUUCCCAAUCUGGAAGUGUACCUGUAUCAGUUGAAUUUAAUUUACCUAGUUUGAAUUUAGUUGAAUGUAACUUACUUAUACAUGACAACACAUACAAUACCACAGUAACUGUAAACCAAGGGUACUUACGCGGCACUCGGACCUUAUCUGUUGUACAGUGUGACAUUGCCAUGGCAGAGGAAAACAAGAAUGUGGAGUAAGACAAGUAAGAUAGAAGGCCUACUCUGAGCCAUGUGGAGGGGCAGUUGACACUUUCCCCGCUUAUUGAAACAAAUCACAACCAACGCAGUCCACACAUAGUGGGGCGGUAGCCUUUGAUUUGUCCCCACACUUCGAGCCUACGAACUUCACAAGGGUAAUACAAAUAACAGCAAACCACCCCAUGCUCCCCCCAGAUCAAAAUCCAAGUCCUUAUAGAGGAAGCGGGUCGUAAGUCUCCCCCCCCUUACUCUAAUUUGCUCCCCAAUAAGCACACUCAAUUUCCAAUGAAGGCAGUUUGGAAGGUACAUCAUGACCAUGGUGCUGCCCGAUCUAUAAACCUCCCCCCCUCCCCCAAGCUCAGGGUUACAGAGCAUCCCACCCAGCCUACAAAAACAGCAGCCGAGUUGGCUACACCCCAAAAGUAUAGAAUAGCGUACCUUAGCCUGUUUAUUUUAUGUACCAGUGAUUCUUGCAAAACCUGUAUGUAUAUGUUACCUACAACUCAUAUCACCUUUUUCCUUAACAUAAAUUGUGCAUUAUAUGCCUAUAUCAAACUUACCAAAACUAUGUUAUUGUUAUUCUUUCUUAUGCACCCAAAAAUAAAGAAUUUAUAAUAUAUAUAUAUACAUAUAUAUAUAUAUAUAUAUGUGUAUAUGGAUGUGGUUUUAUUGUACUCGUCUAUUCCGCAUGGCAAAUGUUUGUUGGCAUUACAAUAUUAUUUGGAUCAUUACAGUGGGUAUAGUCCAGCACUAAAGAAAUGUAUUUGGAGCAUCGUUCCAUACUUAUUAGAACACAAUUUUCUUCCUCUUUGAAGGUUUUUUUGUUUUUAUCUCCAGAGACACGGGACUUCGAUUGGGGUAAAACUUGCCCUGUCCUACGUCAACCUUUAUAUGGGUUGGUGGGAGGGGUCUCUGGCCUUAGGUGAUGAUGUUUGCUUUUUUUAAACACUAUAUUGAUGAUCUUAUCAUGUUUUGGUAUGGCACAUAUGAAAACAUUGUUAUUUUUUGAGUACACCAUUCAUAAUGAUGUUAAUGUAUAUUGGAAUAUGACCUUAGAGAAAUCAACUUUUUGGAUGUUACCAUUGUAUUAACUCAGGGUUGGGAAAUUUAGAAUUUUGUAAAUCUACUAAUGUGCAUACCCUGAUGUAUGCUAAGAGUAAUCAUCCUUUUCAUUUAAAAAAGGGCAUUCUGGUAGGUCGGUUUUUGAUGAGUAAACGUAACAGCUCAGAUGAGAUUGCAAUUUGAAAGAGAAACAAAUGGAUGAUUGAAUGAGCAUACUCCAGGGCAUCAUGACAGGAUAGAUCUUCCUAAAUGAGGGGGGAUGUCAGUAAUAGGAAAAGUAGUGAUAGAUAAAAACAGAUUAUUUAGUACACCGCAACUAAUUUAAAGACAUUUGAGCGAUCAUUAAGAGAAAUUUACCUAUUUUAAUACAAGGUAAAAGUUUGGCUAAUCUUAUGAAGGAUGAGCAGAUAAUGGCCAAGUGACUUAAUUCUUGCUUAGUUUCUUUGAAAGAAAUAAUCCAGUAACUGGCAACAAGAAUAAUUUGCUUUGGUAAUUUUAGGUGUGUUCAUGGUUGGAUUUUGCUUGUUUUUAGGUAAUAAUUAAUUUAUUUGUGGGUUGUUUUUUUGGGAGGGGGGGUGGAGGGAAGUUGUUAUACAAUUGCUAUCUGUGGGUAGAUAUUGCACCUGGCUAAUGUAUAUAUUUUUCAACCACUUUACUUAGCAAGUUACAUUUCAGCCAUGUUGCUAUUUUAGAACAGGAAAAAAUGGAUGGAGCAAUAUUAGUCCUCUCUUCUCGACUUGUAGUUCUGUGGAGACAGAGAGGUACACACAAUAGUGCAGAUGGCUAUAGACAGGUGUGGCUAGGUGAUAGAUGAAAACACUCACAAACGUAGAGCCAAUUGGACCUGGCUCUGGUAUCAAGGCCUCAGGAUCUUUUGGGGGUGAUCCAAAUCCCUCUGGAGGUGUUCUGGAUGUCCAAGGAUACUUUCUUGUUCCACCAUAAACAGCAAGGGAUUCAAUUAGAUGUAAAGUAAAAUAUAAUUUAUUAAUACAUAUAUAGGCUGUUAUUUCACACUUAUCUUUCCUAUAUAUGUAUUAAUAAAUUAUAUUUUACUUUACAUCUAAUUGAAUCCCUUGCUGUUUAUGGUGGAACAAGAAACAUAACAAUAUUCUAGACCUUUCUAGAAUUUGAUUGACCCAGAGAUUCAGGUCAAGUCAGUGGAUCCUUUUUAGCAGCAGAAUGAAAUACACAAUACUUGCUGCCACCAGAUUCCAGACUCUAGGUGGUAUCGUUUGUUUGACCCCACUACUCUAGUUGUUAAGGAUUCCAGAUGCAGAAUGCUAGCAUUAAUACGUUAAUUUAUGUAAAUUUGAAAAGAAACAUCUUUGCAGCCUAAUUUAAGUAACUGUUAAACAUAUUAUUGUGCAGAAAUAUUAAAAUGAAAGUAACUGCUUUAUGAAAAAAAUAUAAAACAAAACCCAAAGCAUGAUUUCUUUCAUCUCUGAGACAGAGAAGGGAAGAUGAAGAGAGAAGAAAAGAAGAAGAGCAAAUUCGGCAGAGAGAGGAACUGCGUGCAAAAGAGCUAUAUCUGAGCCUCAAGAUAGCCCAACAGCAAAAUCAAAAAAAUGAAAAUGAGGAGGAGGAGUGGAAGGAACAGUGUAAGUAAUUAUGAUUAUAUGCUUAAUUUCCUUCCAGUAAAGCGACUCUCUUAAUUUAUUCCUAAACCCAAGUGAUAGCGCUCAAUAUAUCCAAACAGCGCUCAGAUGCCACAAACACAGUCAAAUCGCCAUGGAGUUUAGGUUUAGCAUGGGCUGAUGAGAGGGGCCAUAGUCAUGAGGAAGGAGGCUGGCAAUUAGGCUUCUCCAUAAGCCAAGGACACAUGGCAAUUUGUCACCUAAAAUCCCAGUUACAAACGGCGGUUUGUAACAAAACUGAUAUAGCAAUCUCUGGAAUGCUAAUGUAGAGCUAACAUUGAAAUUGUAGAGCCAAUUUAGUUCUCCUUCUCUCUGACUGUAGGUAUGAUAUGACCCAAUUAAACUUCCUGUACUGUUUGAAACCAGAAGGUGAGAGAAUUGCAGGAAUUGUAUAAAUGAUUAGUGGCUUUUGCCAGAGAAAUUUGUUCCUUUACAGGCUGGUAAUAAUUCCUAAAGUAAAAAUGAGAGUUGGUGAGGCUAUAUGGACUAAAUUUCAUUUUGCAAAAUGCAUGAAAAUAAAAGUGUUUUAUACUUAAUUUUAGUAAAAUUAAAGGGUCAAUAACAAAUGUUGCUGCUUUAUUGAUGCAAGAGUAAUGCAAUUCUUCCAGUAGGAAAUCAUUCAUCCCAAAACACAAAAAAACUAAAGCACAUGUUACGUUUUAACAUAUAAAUAUUAUAAUUUAAUAAUUUAAUUUUAGACAUUAAACACUGUAGAGGAGAGCUGGUAUUUCACAGGUUAUCUCCACUCAAGAUCCCAGUGAGGCUCAUGAACAAGUAUUAAAAAUCUAUAAGGCAAUAAUUACAGCAGGAAAGAAAAUCCACGAAUAUGCCAAUACAGAUCCCAAUGACUGGACGACACACAGCAUCAGGAGCAGAACUGAACUUUUAAUCCACACAACCUUCUUUUAAAGCUUUCUCCCAUGCAAGGGAGGGAUUCACAUUAAUUAGUACAGUAUCCAAUAGUGUAACUGUUACCUCCCAUACAUCUCCUCCCCUCAUAAUCCACUUAUACAUACUGCAUUUUUACCCAAUUUCUGGAUGUACCCCAGAACAGUCAGAUAGAAUUAUAUAAUGGGUACCCCCUGAGUAGCCCUGAUCUGGGUGACUAACAUAUUCAAAAUUCACCCAGAUCGGACCACAUAACUGCACACGAGGUAGUAUCCCUGAAAGGCUCCAUGUGUUUUUGCCUUGCGGUCGGUCUCUGUUCGGGAGAUAAAAAUGCAUAGAAAUACUUGCUAUCCAAAGUUAAAUCUGUAUUUGGAUUAAUUACCUUGCUCGGGACAUUUAUUUUACCGAACGAGGAGCUGGGUGGCCCCUCCGUUCGGGAGUUAUGGUGCUCUGGGGGUCUCAGCGGUGUUUGCCUAGUCGAGUGUUGGAUUUUAGUUCCAGACACUCGACGGCAAAACACCGCUGUUCGGGAGUUUAAGAUGGCCGCCGCCACGUGUUCGUCUCCCGAAUGGUGGCCAACCAGAGGACAAAGCACAAACUGCACUGAUUGCCAAUUACGGGUUUGCAACAUUGUUGCGAACGAUAAUUGGAGUCACACUUAUUCCUGAAACAAGAGAAUAUGAAAGAAAAAAGAGACAUUCUCCUGAACGAACACAAAGCUACAGAGAUACAGGUACUAUAGAAAACCACCAUCAGAAUCCUCGUUCCAAAUUUGAUCCAAUUAGGGAACAAAGAAGGAACGGGAAAAAAUACAGACAUCAUGAGGAUACAACGAGACUCACACAAAUUAAGGAAAGAAUGCCAGAAGAGCCUCAAACAGCACAAGCAUCUUCGCCCUCGGUUUUUUGGAGGGGACCAAUUCAGGAGAGACUCAAAUGGCGAGAGAACCCCCCAUCAUGGGAAUCCCCGGGCAAACGCCAAAGAUCAACAGAUUAUGAAACAGAAGAGGAAGAAAUAAGAAACAAAGAAAAAAGGGGGAAGAUGUAAAUUCAGAUGGAAUUUUUAACCUUACAGACCAUGUUUUAACAAAAGAGGAAUUAAAAAUACUGAAAAAAGGUCUAAAAUUUGCACCGACACAGGAAUUAAACAGAUUUGAUCUAUUUAUAGAUAUGAAUAGAUUUGUAAGGAAACUAUGCUUAAAAAAGUUUUUUUAUAAUGGGGAAAAUAGGAUGCAAAUAGAACAAGAUCAGGAGAAUGAAUCUAAUUUUAUACAUACAGAAUUAAAAGAAAGGUCCAAAUUUUUUCCUAAACACAUGAUUUCGAAUGAAAUGAGAGCUUUUGAAACCACGGUUAUGGCAGAAAUAAAUAAUAUAAAAAAAUUAAACAAAUAUCAAGAUAAUAUGUCAGUAAAAGAACGAUAUACCUUAAAACAAAUUCAAAAAAAUAAAGACAUAGUUAUCAAACCGGCGGAUAAGGGAGGGGGGAUAGUUAUUCUUUCCAAAGCACAAUACCAAGAAGAAUCAGAGAGAAUUCUCUCCGAUGAGAGAACGUAUAAAAAACUCAAAUCGGAUCCAACUGGCAAAGUAAAGGGAAUAUUUGAAGAAUAUAUACAAAAAGGUAUAGAUAAAGGGAUACUAACAAAAAAAGAAGGAGAAUAUCUUUCCAUCCCCCACCCAAAAAUACCAGUGUUCUACUAUCUUCCCAAAGUUCACAAAGAUCAAAAAAAUCCCCCGGGACGCCCGAUCAUAUCCGGAAUAGACUCCAUUUCUUGUAGAGUCUCGGAAUACAUCGAUUUACUACUACAACCAAUAGUAGUGAAAAAUCCAGCAUACUUAAAAGAUACUAUGCACAUACUACAACUUUUGGGAACCAAAUGGUGGGAAGAUAAUCACCUAUUGGUGACAAGCGAUGUCACGUCACUGUACAGCAUAAUUCCGCAUGAAGUAGGUUUGGAGGCAGUGAAACAUUUUUUAACUGUAGCUCAUUUUGACAUUGAACAAAGAGAUUUUAUAUUAGAAGGCAUUCGCAUUAUUUUAACCAAUAAUUUUUUCUGGUUUCAAGGUACAUUUUAUCUCCAGAUCAGGGGCACAGCGAUGGGCACCAAAUUCGCACCCAGUUAUGCCAAUUUGUUUAUGGCGUAUUGGGAGGAGACCCAUGUUUUUUCAGAGCAUCCCUGGGUGUCGAAUUUGGUGUCCUAUCGACGAUAUAUAGACGAUAUUUUUUUCAUUUGGAACGGCUCAUGUUAUCUUUUAGAAAUGUUUUUAGCCUUUUUAUCAUCUAACGAAUGGGGAAUCGUUCUUACCACCAUACAGAGUUCAUCCAGCAUUAAUUUUUUAGACCUUCAAGUUUUUAUUGAAGACCAGCAAAUUAAAACCAAGAAUUUUUUUAAGCCAGUGGACGCCAACGGUUAUAUAGAAAAAAAGAGUUGCCAUCACAAACCUUGGCUAGAAAAUGCCCCAAAGGGCCAGUUCCUACGAAUUCGGCGGAACUGUACGAACGAACAAGAUUUUAUCAUUCAAGCGAACAUCAUCAAGAAACAAUUUCUGGAAAAGGGCUACGAAGAGACUAAAUUGACUAAAGCUAUGAAAGAAAUUCAAGACACCCCGAGAGAACAAUUAUUAUCCUAUAAAUCACAUCAGAAAAAAAAUUUAAAAAUAACGAAGAAAUGCUUUAUAUUAAUUUUAAUGGGAAUAAUAAAAAAAUAAAUUCGAGUAUAAACAAACAUUGGUAUAUACUACAAAAAGAUAUAUAUUCUAAAUUACAGGGACACUUUAAUAGAUAGAUGAUCCUUUUGGAAACAUGUUAAUUGGUCUUCUCUAAUAAACAGAUCUCUGUUUGUUCAUUUAAAUUUCUUACGUGUUUUUUAGGAUUUUUUGUUGUUUUACAUGCUAAGCACAUGCCACACAUGUAAAAAGCCUUUGCUCUGAUUCAAAAAGUGUGAUGCAUUUUUCAAUGGGCCCUCGCUGCUGUGGACUAGAGAUUUUUUUAGAUUGGCAGCACCUCUAUAGAUAAUUUUAGGUUUUGUUGGUAAUAAGCUUCUUAGAAUAGGAUCUUUUUGUAGUAUAUACCAAUGUUUGUUUAUGACUCUAUUUAUUUUUUUAUUAUUCCCAUUAAAGUUACAUAUAAAGUGGGCUUCGUUAUUGUUUAAAUUUUUUUUCUGAUGUGAUUUAUAGGUUAAUAAUUGUUCUCUCGGGGUGUCUUGAAUUUCUUUCAUAGCUUUAGUCAAUUUAGUCUCUUCGUAGCCCUUUUCCAGAAAUUGUUUCUUGAUGAUGUUCGCUUGAAUGAUAAAAUCUUGUUCGUUCGUACAGUUCCGCCGAAUUCGUAGGAACUGGCCCUUUGGGGCAUUUUCUAGCCAAGGUAUGUGAUGGCAACUCUUUUUUUCUAUAUAACCGUUGGCGUCCACUGGCUUAAAAAAAUUUUUGGUUUUAAUUUGCUGAUCUUCAAUAAAAACUUGAAGGUCUAAAAAAUUAAUGCUGGAUGAACUCUGUAUGGUGGUAAGAACGAUUCCCCAUUCGUUAGAUGAUAAAAAGGCUAAAAACAUUUCUAAAAGAUUACAUGAGCCGUUCCAAAUGAAAAAAAUAUCGUCUAUAUAUCGUCGAUAGGACACCAAAUUCGACACCCAGGGAUGCUCUGAAAAAACAUGGGUCUCCUCCCAAUACACCAUAAACAAAUUGGCAUAACUGGGUGCGAAUUUGGUGCCCAUCGCUGUGCCCCUGAUCUGGAGAUAAAAUGUACCUUGAAACCAGAAAAAAUUAUUGGUUAAAAUAAUGCGAAUGCCUUCUAAUAUAAAAUCUCUUUGUUCAAUGUCAAAAUGAGCUACAGUUAAAAAAUGUUUCACUGCCUCCAAACCUACUUCAUGCGGAAUUAUGCUGUACAGUGACGUGACAUCGCUUGUCACCAAUAGGUGAUUAUCUUCCCAUUUAGUGGUUCCCAAAAGUUGUAGUAUGUGCAUAGUAUCUUUUAAGUAUGCUGGAUUUUUCACUACUAUUGGUUGUAGUAGUAAAUCGAUGUAUUCCGAGACUCUACAAGAAAUGGAGUCUAUUCCGGAUAUGAUCGGGCGUCCUGGGGGAUUUUUUUGAUCUUUGUGAACUUUGGGAAGAUAGUAGAACACUGGUAUUUUUGGGUGGGGGAUGGAAAGAUAUUCUCCUUCUUUUUUUGUUAGUAUCCCUUUAUCUAUACCUUUUUGUAUAUAUUCUUCAAAUAUUCCCUUUACUUUGCCAGUUGGAUCCGAUUUGAGUUUUUUAUACGUUCUCUCAUCGGAGAGAAUUCUCUCUGAUUCUUCUUGGUAUUGUGCUUUGGAAAGAAUAACUAUCCCCCCUCCCUUAUCCGCCGGUUUGAUAACUAUGUCUUUAUUUUUUUGAAUUUGUUUUAAGGUAUAUCGUUCUUUUACUGACAUAUUAUCUUGAUAUUUGUUUAAUUUUUUUAUGUUAUUUAUUUCUGCCAUAACCAUGGUUUCAAAAGCUCUCAUUUCAUUCGAAAUCAUGUGUUUAGGAAAAAAAUUGGACCUUUCUUUUAAUUCUGUAUGUAUAAAAUUAGAUUCAUUCUCCUGAUCUUGUUCUAUUUGCAUCCUAUUUUCCCCAUUAUGAAAAAACUUUUUUAAGCAUAGUUUCCUUACAAAUCUAUUCAUAUCUAUAAAUAGAUCAAAUCUGUUUAAUUCCUGUGUCGGUGCAAAUUUUAGACCUUUUUUCAGUAUUUUUAAUUCCUCUUUUGUUAAAACAUGGUCUGUAAGGUUAAAAAUUCCAUCUGAAUUUACAUCUUCCCCCUUUUUUCUUUGUUUCUUAUUUCUUCCUCUUCUGUUUCGUAAUCUGUUGAUCUUUGGCGUUUGCCCGGGGAUUCCCAUGAUGGGGGGUUCUCUCGCCAUUUGAGUCUCUCCUGAAUUGGUCCCCUCCAAAAAACCGAGGGCGAAGAUGCUUGUGCUGUUUGAGGCUCUUCUGGCAUUCUUUCCUUAAUUUGUGUGAGUCUCGUUGUAUCCUCAUGAUGUCUGUAUUUUUUCCCGUUCCUUCUUUGUUCCCUAAUUGGAUCAAAUCUGGAACGAGGAUUCUGAUGGUGGUUUUCUAUAGUACCUGUAUCUCUGUAGCUUUGUGUUCGUUCAGGAGAAUGUCUCUUUUUUCUUUCAUAUUCUCUUGUUUCUCCUUGUUUCUGUGAGGGCAUUCUCCUUAUUCUGAGGCUACAUGUAUAGGAAUAGAGAACCACCCCAGGCCACAUAUAGACAUCCCCAUAACAGACGAGAUCACCAAAAUAGAAGCUAUAGCGAUGUAGUGAAACAGGGUUUAGACCCACACGAUGAGAGAUCCCCACACGGAAGUAGCCUCAGAAUAAGGAGAAUGCCCUCACAGAAACAAGGAGAAACAAGAGAAUAUGAAAGAAAAAAGAGACAUUCUCCUGAACGAACACAAAGCUACAGAGAUACAGGUACUAUAGAAAACCACCAUCAGAAUCCUCGUUCCAAAUUUGAUCCAAUUAGGGAACAAAGAAGGAACGGGAAAAAAUACAGACAUCAUGAGGAUACAACGAGACACACAAAUUAAGGAAAGAAUGCCAGAAGAGCCUCAAACAGCACAAGCAUCUUCGCCCUCGGUUUUUUGGAGGGGACCAAUUCAGGAGAGACUCAAAUGGCGAGAGAACCCCCCAUCAUGGGAAUCCCCAGGCAAACGCCAAAGAUCAACAGAUUACGAAACAGAAGAGGAAGAAAUAAGAAACAAAGAAAAAAGGGGGAAGAUGUAA